CGUAAAGGCAGGGGGCUCAACUCGCACGACUGAUGAUCGUAUGUUUGCGGAGUAACACAGCAAUGAAUUUGAAAGCCAGUCGCGGCGACGCUAGUCUGCUUACCGGUAGCGCGUAUGAUGUGAUUGCGGGUCUCAAAAUCUACAGCUUCUGAGGCGUGAGUUCUUAGCAACCGCGUUCAAGGACCUGAUUGCAGCUGUGAGCGUUGUCGAAGACCAGUGACAGAGCUUACAAAAAAGGCCGGGAUUUACAAGUUGCAAACUCGUCUUAAAAGGAGAGCACUACCUGCUCACAACAUGUUCAGCAGCCGCGUCACGUGCCAGAUGGCGCAAAAGGCAUCUGCCCGUACUUUCGCUACCGUUAGCACCGCAUCAAGGAACCACAGGAUUGUCGUAGUAGGCGCUGGUGCAGCGGGCUCUUCGAUCUCGCACCAGCUUCUACGCACCGGAAAAUUCCAGGCAGAGGAUAUCGCUGUGGUAGACCCAGCCGAAUACCACCACUACCAGCCAGGAUGGACACUUGUUGGUGGCGGCCUCAAGAACAAGGAAGACUUAAGGCGACCUCUGGCGCCAAUCCUCGAUUCUAAGUUGAAGCUCUACGCCAACAGCGUCGGUAGCUUCACACCGGAGGACAACAGCAUCACCCUCGGUAACGGUGACAGGCUCAAUUACGAGCACCUCAUUGUCGUGCCCGGCAUCAAGGUCGAUAGUUCUAGCAUCUCCGGUCUUCCAGAAGCUCUUGCCGACUCCUCGUCGAACGUUUCUACCAUCUACACCUACGAAACAUGCGACAAGGCAGCCCGCGACAUUCAGGCUUUCAAGAAGGGCACAGCGAUUUUCACACAGCCCGCAGGCGUCAUCAAGUGCGCCGGUGCACCACAGAAAGUAAUGUGGCUUGCGUGGGACCGCUGGUCCAAUGCUGGGCUGUACAAGAAGAACGACUCAAGCUCGUCCAUCGACAUCUCUUUCGCAACCGGCCUCCCAACCAUGUUCGGUGUACCCAAGUACGCUGCUGCUCUCGAGAAGUUGCGGGUUGACCGUGGUAUCGAAGGACUAUUCGCACACGAUCUAGUCUCCAUCGAUGGACAGACUGCAAUCUUCAAGACCAGCACCGGCGACAAGAUUGAAAAGAAGUUCGAUCUGCUGCACGCAGUCCCUAAGAUGGGCCCCCAUGCAUUUGUCAAGGAGAGCGCUCUGGCCGAUGCUGCAGGCUACGUCGACGUCGACAACGCCACGCUCCGUCACAAAAAGUACGCCAAUGUCUGGUCCGCGGGUGAUGCUUCGUCGCUCCCAACCUCCAAGACCGCGGCUGCGGUCACCGCACAGGCACCAAUUUUAGUUUCCAACAUUCUGAAAUCGAUUGAGAACAAGCAGCAUGAGCUCAACGCUGACUACGACGGCUACACAUCCUGCCCGCUCACAACAGGUGAGAAGGAAGUCCUGCUCGCGGAGUUCAAGUAUGGUGGUGUGCCUAAGGAAACCUUUGGACGCAUUCUUGGCCUUGAUCAGGGCGUGCCGAGGAAGGCAUUCUACUAUCUCAAGAAGGAUUUCUUCCCCUGGGUCUACCAGAACUACAUGGUGAAGGGACAGUGGGGUGGCCCGAAUGGGUUUAUGAAAUAAAGUAGUCUCACCAACGAUAGUUCUCCCAUCAUCGACCUUUCGUAUUGUCUCGCGCGUCCCCGACUCCAGGACAGGUUGACACGGCA